GACAAAACUCGCGGCGUGAACGUGGCAGCCAUUUUACAUCCUCAAGAGUGAAUGAGUGGAUCCGGACCAGUGCCGGGAGUUUUACACUUUUUCUCUUUUAAUUAACACACUUUCCUUCCGAAAUAAUCAACAACAUACAAGUUGGUGAUCCAUCGGCAGAUUUCUGGAGACAUGGCCACAGAACAUAUUAAUGGAAAUGGUCCAGAAGAACCUAUGGAAACCUCCUCUGCAGUUACCCAUUCUGAGCACUUCCAGACUUUAAUAGAAGCUGGUUUACCACAGAAAGUUGCUGAAAAACUAGACGAAAUUUACAUAGCAGGUUUGGUGUCACACAGUGACUUAGAUGACCGAGCAAUCGAGGCCCUGAAGGAGUUCAACGAGGAAGGUGCUCUGCAAGUUUUGUUGCAGUUCAAGGACAGCGACCUCUCACAUGUUCAGAACAAAAGUGCCUUUCUGUGUGGAGUAAUGAAGACGUACAGACAGAGGGAGAAACAGGGGACCAAAGUCUCGGACUCUAACAAAGGACCAGAUGAGGCCAAAAUCAAGGCCCUACUGGAGAGGACUGGCUACACACUUGAUGUGACCACGGGCCAGAGGAAGUAUGGAGGUCCUCCUCCAGACUCCGCCCACUCGGGGGCUCAGCCCACCAUUGGUACAGAGAUUUUUGUGGGUAAGAUCCCCAGAGACCUGUUUGAAGAUGAGCUGGUGCCACUGUUUGAGAAGGCGGGGCCUAUCUGGGACCUGCGUCUGAUGAUGGACCCUCUCAGCGGCCUCAACCGAGGCUAUGCUUUUGUCACGUUCUGCACCAAAGAGGCUGCGCAGGAGGCAGUCAAACUGUGCAACAAUAAUGAAAUUCGACCAGGCAAACACAUUGGCGUGUGCAUCUCUGUGGCCAAUAAUAGACUGUUUGUUGGCUCCAUCCCCAAGAGUAAAACAAAAGAUCAGAUCGUGGAAGAGUUUGCAAAAGUCACAGAGGGUCUUAAUGAUGUCAUCCUGUACCACCAGCCUGACGACAAGAAGAAGAACAGGGGCUUCUGCUUCCUGGAGUAUGAAGACCACAAGACCGCCGCCCAGGCCCGCCGCCGCCUGAUGAGCGGCAAGGUCAAGGUGUGGGGGAACGUGGUGACGGUGGAAUGGGCGGACCCCAUAGAGGACCCAGACCCUGAGGUCAUGGCCAAGGUCAAAGUGCUGUUUGUGAGAAACCUGGCCAGUACUGUUACGGAGGAGAUACUUGAAAAGGCCUUCAGUCAGUUUGGCAAACUGGAGCGGGUGAAGAAGCUGAAAGACUAUGCUUUUAUUCACUUUGAGGAGAGGGAUGGUGCUGUGAAGGCGCUGGCCGAUCUCAAUGGCAAGGACCUGGAGGGAGAACACAUCGAAAUAGUCUUUGCUAAGCCACCUGACCAGAAGAGGAAAGAACGCAAAGCCCAGAGGCAAGCGGCUAAAACGCAAAUGUAUGACGAUUACUAUUACUACGGACCCCCCCACAUGCCCCCUCCAGCAAGGGGCAGAGGGCGAGGCAACAGGGGCGGCUACUCGUACCAGCCAGACUACUAUGGCUAUGAAGAUUAUUACGACUAUUACGGUUAUGACUACCAUAACUACCGAGGCGGCUACGAAGACCCCUACUACGGCUACGAGGACUUCCAGACCACCGGGAGGGGCCGGGGGGGCAGAGGAGGAGCCCGUGGAGGGGCCACCCCAUCCCGGGGUCGUGGGGCGGUCACACCCAGGGGCCGAGUGGGGUUCUCCCAGAGAGGAGGACCAGGAACGAGCAGAGCAGGGAAACGGGGUCGAGGCCGGUCCUGACCUGUUUGUCGCGGUGAAGACUUGACUUGCUGUGUGGGGUUACACCAUAAACUGCAAUGGAUGUGGAUGGAAGAACUCGACGAAAAGGUCCAAUGAUAUUCCAGCCUUACAGAAGCAUCUCCCCCUCUCAAACUGCCACCCCCCCCCUCCCUCCCUUCCCCUUUUAAGAGAACCGGAGCAUUUAGAAGACUCGCCACUGCCCGCCCCUCCUCGUCCCUACCCCCAGCCCUGUCCUACAAUCUCCCCCUGCCCCGCCCCCCCCAAAAUGCCAUUUUUAAAUAAUUAUUGAAGAAUUUGCACUUUUUACGUUUCUUAGUUUGAAGUGGCUCACAGGAGCUUGAUGCUAUUGUAUAUUUUUGUGCUAAUCGCAAUUUUAAUGUCGGAAUAUCCAUGUUAAUCUUAAUCGUUUGAUUUGGAUGUUUUUGAAAGAGAACAUUUGCAGGUUUUUAGGGUGUAGCCACCUGGCAUGGAUAAGUCAGGCAUUCCAGGAAAGUGGUUCUUUUCAGAACUUGUCUUUAAAGGGUUGGUUGACUACCUCAGUACAGAGGACUAGACCACCCGGCCUGUACUGUACAUAGGGAAACUAUAUUGAUGAAAGCAGGGCUUGUUCACCACAAAAUAUGCACAAGAGAGGCAGCGCCAACUGAUGUACUUAAUGUAAUAUAGUCAUUUUGCUGCAGCUCUGACACUGCAAACAGUCAAACUGGGCAUGCAAAAUAAUCUCAUAUGAUGAGCCCGAACAAGCCCUGCUUUUAUCCUAUUUUGAACUGAAUUAGCUGCCUUGCUUCUUCAGAUUAUGUAGUUACUGGUUGUAUAGUUUGGAAAAAAAUGUUACUUUUGUAAAGGCUUCAAACAUCCCAGAGGCACCCCAACUGCCUUUGACUAAGCCCUGCAGUCUCCCUUUCCCACUUCCAACAAUGGAUUUGUGUUUUUAUAAUACCAAUAGAGUAAUUUUGAAGGAUGUACAACAGAAUUAUGUUCAGCACCCAUCAUUAUAAUACUAAUAAUCCUCGUUGAAAAACAAUUGUCCCAAUCAUGGCAAAAUCCUGAUGACGAUCCCUCCUGACAGUAAAACCAGCUACUUAAAAGUUCAGUCAAGGUCUUCUUUCUUGAUUGAAUUAUAAAGGCCAUGAUGUCCAAGCCAGUGAGCAUCUGUGUGGGUGUUUGUUGGUGAGGGAUCCUAGUCACUACAGUGGUCAAAGGGAUACUGCAGCUAUGAUUUGUAUUCCAUGUAUAGCAUAAGAGACUGAGCUAUUCAUCCGGUUUUGUACACAGUUAACUCCCUCUCAAUAAAAUCAUUACAACCACCUUUUGAAAAAAGAUGUUAGCAGUUUUAAACUAUUGUUGGUGGCCAACAACGUUUUUUGCAUUCCUGCAAAUAAAUUGUUUUAUACUGUAAAAUGGAGGUGAGUGUAACUUAUUUUUGUAAUAAAGCUUUUGAUUUCUA